AUGCACGCCUCUCGGGUUUUCACAUCCUCGUCACACUGCAAGCCGAGCCCCGACGGUCGAUAUGUUGCUACUGUACGCUCUUCGACCUUGAGCGUUCGCUCAGUCGAGACCCUGCAGCUUGUCAAUGUCGUACAGCUUGCGCAGGCCAUUAGCGGGCCCAUCUGCAGCCUUCUCUGGGCCCCGUCAUCUUCCAAAGUACUCGUCUCCACCGCCCAUCACAUUCAUGUUGUCUCGGCCACCGACGCUUCCCUGCAUGCUUCGAUUCGCAGCCCUAAUUCUGUGGGCGGAAAACCUGCCGCCAUCUAUUUCGGCGCUCGGGACACAGAGAUUCUUACCUCUUCUUCCUUUGGCUUAAAGUUUUCCGUUCUAGACCUGUCCACGUCCAAGGUGGUGGACAUCAGUAACCCAAAGUUCCAUCACCCGUCUACGGCCUCGAGGGGCUUCUGCCUUCGCUCAAACACUGGACAUCUGGCACUCCUGACCCGUGCUGGCGGCAAAGAUUUGGUUAGCAUUCACCAUCCGACCACCCGUCAAGUGCAGAGAUCAUGGAGCCCAGACAUGAUCGAUGCCCAGGGGCUCAUCUGGACUCCCGACGGCCACUGGCUGCUCAUGUGGGAGUCCCCGGCUCAUGGCCACCGACUGUUGCUCUACACGCCCGAUGGACAGCAUCUCCGUACCGUGGGCCCACCGGGUCUCCCAAUCGGCCAAGGUCCUCAGUCGGAGCGUGCCUUGGAACUAGGCAUCAAGGCCUGUCAACUGAGCCCUAACGCUGAGUUCUGUGCUGUCGGCGACCAUAGCAGGGGUGUCAUGGUUUUCAGCACCCAAUCAUGGCGUGAGAGUAUGAAGCUGAUACAUCCCACCACGAUUGUCCCGCGCAGCAACGUUCAGGUGUGGCAAGAACAACUCGCUACUGCCGGCGCAAAACGGUCCCGCCAACCUUUCCUAUGGGCGACCCUGAAUGUCUCUCCUCCUGGGCCGUCGUCCGAUGCCAAGGGGGCCGCGCCGGUGAGCCCUGGCUGUUCCCUGGCCGGCUUCGAUGCUUCUUCGACCCUCCUGGCGACGAGGCUUGACGACUCGCCGAGUACGCUUUGGAUUUGGGAUCUGGCGGCUGCGGAGCUCCGAGCUGUGCUCAUCUUCCAUUCGCACGUCACUUUCAAAUGGCAUCCGACCUCUCGAGAAGUACUCUUGGUGAAUAGUCAGGACGAGGCCCGGCGAGGAGCAUCGUUUGUAUGGGAUCCCCUGUCGAAUGGGCCUACGUCAGUGAGCCCUGAGGACUAUCUCCCUAUUGUAAAAGCGGGGGUCAGGCCUCAGGUGGCCUGGAUUAACCGCCCAUUCGAGUUUCCGAGACUUCUGUUGGCUGAUGCAGAACACUACGUGCUUUUGUCUCUAUCGGGGACAGAAGAAGGGCCCAACCCUUGGCAUAGUGACGACUGGGACGGCGCAUCGGCAAUUCAAGACAGGUCCGCAAUGCUUGAUAUGGACGACACGUCGGCCCUGGACGAUACCUUUUCCUUCAAAAACGCGUGA